AUGCCCACUCCACUAUUCUCACAGAACGGCGUCGAUGACGUUAAUACCACCAUGGAUUCAAUGCCCAACGUUAAAUUACACAAAAACAAAAAUUUACGACGACAGUUAAUUUUCACUUCGCACGAUCAAAAGCAGCAGCAACAUGUCUACAACGGCGGUGACAUGAUGGUGGUCGAUAAUGACAAUGACAAUUAUAACAGCAGCACGAACAGCAGGCACUCCGUAAACAAUCAUCGCCACCUCGUCUCAUUGCCACGACGAAAAUCCUCCGUACUGGAGAUCUCCAGUCUGCUUUGUGAAUUACCAGAGUCCUCGCAGGAAGACGGCUCAUUCAGCGGUUUGGAUGAUGCGUCCACCACCACGAGUCAGCUGGGUGAUGCCGAAUCGUUAGGUUCGCCGAGCUCGUUUCACAAGAAUAGGGAAGACUCCUCUUCAACGCCCGCUACCUCUCCUCCGCUCUCCCCGAACGUCGGUAACAAUAGAAACAGCAGCAACGAUAGCAAAGAUCACAACACCAGCAGCAUAUCGUCCGUUACCCCUUACGAAACCGUUCGUCCGGUCAUCAACUGUAACUCGGAGAGACAAGACGUCAGCAGAUAUGGCUGCGAACCAUCUUGGAAGAGAGUUUGUCAAGACAAUGAUCAUUCCGCUAGGCCCGUAUUACCCCCGAUCAGGAGUUUCACCUCUCUGCCAGACUUGAGAUCUGAGUCAUCGUCUAAUGACCACGGGAAUCUGGAUUCUCGAAAGUCUUCGCUUGAACAAUUUGCCGCAAUCUCUGAGGUUUACCGUUCCAGCUCCCCCAGCAUCUCGCACGCCGAAAUCACCUCACGUCUACAGCAAUCGGCUCCGCCAUUUCACCGCUCUCCACCAGAGCCUUCGGGUGUGUCGCAUCUCUCAAGCUCUCCGUUGACCCCGGUUCAGCCUCAACAAUCUUUGGUGCGCAGGUCCUCGUUUGACUUGCCUCAGACGCGUUAUGCUCCGUACACGCCCUCAAGCUUGAAUCCCUUCCCAAAUCGUCUGUUGUCCCUCGAUCAAAGGCGUCACUCGGAUCUUUCGGGACUCCGCAAUUCCGGUCAGGCAAUCACCGAUCACCCUUACAAUGGUGGUAGUUCUUACCCGGCUUACUUCGACAGGGACGACAGCGGAAGGGGCUAUCAUUCCCCGAACGCUUCUGCCUUCCCCCAUCAGCCGCGACCUUAUCCACAUUUCUAUCACGGCUACCCGAGUCCAAAUUCGGUCUCCCACUCUCCGGCGAAGCGCAAGCGCGCAAAUCCCAAUCAAUUGAAAGUGUUGAACGAGGUAUUCCAACAGACCUUCUUCCCAUCAACCGAACAAAGAAUUCAGCUGGGCAAACAACUGGGCAUGUCACCGAGGACGGUGCAAAUAUGGUUUCAGAACAAGAGGCAAAGUUGGCGUAGCAAGACGCGUGCCACAUCGUCCGCACCGAACAAGGAUGACGAUAACCAGGGUGACGGUGAAAUGGCCAACGGACAGCCAACCUCUCGAAGGUCGAGUAAUUUCAAUCUCUCUGAAGAAGAGGAUAAAGGUCAGAGAUCGAUUCCAAAUUCCCCUUUGGGUACGCCGCCUCAUCAUCCUCAUCACCACGGGGACUAUUUUUCGCAUGGUGCUCAGGUGAACGGCAGUGGCGAAAGUGUCAAUCCUCCUCCCUCGGCUACCAGCGGAUCGAACUCUUACUUUGCUCAACAAUCCUCUUCCACAUCCAGCGGAGAUUACUAUCGUUCCAAUAAUGGACACGCGAUGAAUUCAGGCGCUGCGGACGUCGUGUCAACUACUCCAUCGCCACUUCCUCCUCCUUCCUCUAUGACAACACCGUUGCCUCCAUUCGGUCAGUCGCAAUCGAAUAACUCUCAGCCUUCCACUGUUG